CUUCGUCCAAUCAACUCAGCGAGUGGAAUUAUGUUUUCUCAUGGACAUGAAAGCAGCAACGGAAAUUGGAAACUGGUUGAUGCCUUGAGAGCAUCAUAGCCAUGCUCUCAAUCAUGGUUCCUCAGCUAUAAUAGUUAGCAAGUAUGGUUUUUUUCCCAUAUAGCGAGCGCUGUAGCACUCCUUAGUAGGUGGUGGCUAGUAGCGUGAGAGAAGAUUGGACAGCGUCGCUCGCGGGAAAAAAAUGAAGGCUUGGUUCCAAGGUACCUCGUCGACCAAAUGGGGGUGGAGAAUGCAAGGGGAAGUACCUGGUACACUCGUCUCUUAUCUCUGAUCCUCUUUCGAUCUCUUCUCUCUAUAAUAAUUAAAACUUAUUUCGCCUUGAAAUAAAAAAAUCCCUGUCAAGAAUCCACUUUGAUUUUAUGCAUGCCCGCUUUCUGUUUGUUGAUAAAACGCAGAGAAAUUGGAAGAAAUUAUGGUAAAGUUUUCAGCUUUUUGUUAUUUGAAUUAUGGUUGUUUCUAAUUUCUGUUGAUUGAAUAAUUGAACUGGUUUUUUCUGUUUAAGAUAGAAAAUGUUUUGGGUUUUGUUGAUUUUUCAAUUUUUGUUGUUUAAUUUGAUUCACAAUCCUAUAUGCUUUAAUAAUAUAAUAUUCAUGAUUCUAUAUCUUAGAUAGUAUGAUAUGACAAUAUUUUUUAAUUAAUUAGUUAAAAUAACUAUUUUAAUUAAAAUGUAAAGAGUAGUGAAGGUAAAAAAUAUAAACCCUCCAUCCGUGGGCCAUCAUUAUAUGCGGUUGCCAAUUUGCCAUGAUAUCUCUUCUAUCUACUUCCAGCUCGUGUACCGUCUUGGUUUCAAAAUCUUGCUAUCCUGUUUUACAAAAACUCCCAUGGCUUCCAAUCUCCUCAAAUUUCACAUCCAAUCAUUCAAAACUACAAAUCGUUCUACACAAUUUCUUCAACAUGAAACUCUCUCUCCACAUAUUGCUUUCCCAGAAAACCACCACCACCACCACCUUGUCCAUUGCCGUGUUUCCUUCCCCUCACCUCCCCUUUACCAAUCCAGAAGUCCCGCUCUUUCUAUCCACUCCUUAUCUUCCUCCAGCUCCCCUCCUACCUCCAAAGAAGAAGCCAUUGUUCAAGCCAAAACCUGUCUCUCAACCACCCUAGAGAAGCCCCUAAACAACCCAAAACUAGCUGGCAAACUCAAGAAACUGAAGCAACCUAGAUUCCAGGUAGAAAUCCCAGUCAUAGAUGACUCGCCAACUUCUCUCUCUCAACUUGCCUCUGAUGUUUUCAAAGACCUGCCCAUUAAGAGAAGAGGGACACCGGUCAAGAUUUUAAUCCUCUGGCCGAGUCCCACGUUGAAGAACAGAGGCAUAGAAGCAUUCCAAUCUUACAAUUCAUCAAAAAAUGUUGAGCACGUCGACGUUUCUUCAGUCAGAAACACAGACAACAGAAUUUUGAGUUCUGCCGAAGUGGCAGUGUUUCUGGGGCCAGAGACUUCACAGUUGCCUGAUAUCAAAACUGUUACUGAUAUUUUGUACCCAAAGCCAGUAGUCAUAUUCAACCCCAAAUGGGGGUUUGGAGAGGAGAACGAGUUUGGUGAUUUGAGUGGCUUUGUGGGAUCCUUUGAAGUGGUAUAUUCAUUCAUGGGGUUGGAGGUUAGAGGUAUUUUGAGCAAGCGAAAAGGAGUGAUUUUCAAGUGUGUCAGAGAUGGGGUUGUGAGUGGUGAGAAAUGGACCGUUCUUGUUGAAGAAGAAGGAGGAGAACUGAAGGUUGUUUCAAGGUUCAAGGCACGACCAUCCAUUGGUGAAGUAGAGAAUGUUUUGUACAAUCUGAUGGCUAUCAAUUCGCCAAUUACCAAGUCUGCUAGGUUUUUCAAGGAUUUGGUGUCAAAUGUAACAGGAAGAAAGUAAAUAGAAUUUGAGAAUGUAUGCUCUGGAUUUUGCGUCAAUGAAGUUUGGUAAUUCGCUUGAA